CGCGAGAUCUCUGCAGUUACUGAGGAGACUAGGAAGAGAAGAAGUGAUCUCGCGAAAGAAAACAGGUUGGGAGCGCUCGCGAGAUCUCAGACCACCCGACCCAAAAGGUUGUUAGGAAGUCGAAGGGCCUGGAGGAGGCCUGGGGACAAAUGGCCGGCGCUGGACCAACCAUGCUGCUACGAGAGGAGAAUGGUUGUUGCAGUCGGCGUCAAAGCAGCUCCAGCGCCGGGGUUAGCGCGGGCUCGGGUUUUGGGAUUGAGGGGCCGUCGGGGAGCAAGAUGGGGGAACGAAGGGGGAACUGCAGCUCCCGACAGCCUCUGGGCUUCGUGUGAGCGCCCCGCGGGCUGUCGGGAGCUGUGGUUCCAGGGGCGGGCAGCAGCCGGGGCGGCGCGGUCUGAGCGCGUGUCCCGCCCCGCUCAGGACUCAGAUGGGGAGCGCGAGGACUCGCCCGCUGCGCGCGCUAGGCAGCAGCUGGAGGCGCUGCUCAACAAGACUAUGCGCAUCCGCAUGACAGAUGGACGGACACUGGUCGGUUGCUUCCUCUGCACCGACCGCGACUGCAAUGUUAUCUUGGGCUCGGCGCAGGAGUUCCUCAAACCAUCGGAUUCCUUCUCUGCCGGGGAACCCCGUGUGCUGGGCCUGGCCAUGGUACCCGGACACCACAUCGUUUCUAUUGAGGUGCAAAGAGAGAGCCUGGUGGGGCCUCCCUAUCUCUGAGCACGAUCUCGGGCUUGCCCUUCAGACGUCAUUAAACCUGUAACCGAA